UUCACACAAUGUGCUGCUAUUCACUUAACUAAACAAUCACUUCCAACAUUUUAUAAAAUUUAUAAAUGCAACUUAAAACAAAAGCGUUUUUGUUAAGUUGCUUAAGUUCAACAUUGACUAUGGCUCCCGCUACAGACUCAACUGCAGCAAAGUCACCGGACUGCCAGCACGCUACUAAACCGUUUAUUACUAGUCGGGUGAUUCAUUUUAUUUGCGAUUUUCUCAAACUCCUAAGUCUGUUCACUGGAUGCCUUGGCAGCUGCUGCAUUUGGCUAAGUAAGCAGCAAUGGUGUAGCAAAAGAUUGGCAUCUUACAAUAUCACCGCCAUUGUUGGUUUCAUUUUAGUUUUCAGCGCAGCUGUUGCGCAAUUUAUCCAAGUUAACCGAUUACAAUUUCACGACAUAGCAUUAUUCAUAAAACGUACGAGGCGAGAACAAAGUGAAAAAGAAUUCAAGCAGAAGGGAGCCACAAAAUUUCAGAGCAAAAUAAAGUCCUUUCAUACGAGGAGUAGAUCAUAGUCUGUAUUCCAGGCAUGAAUAUAUAUGGGGCAUUCUUUGUCAACCAAACUUCGCGCUCUGGUCAGAACCGUUUUUAAACAAACAAAGUUUUCUAGGAUGAAAUGGUUGCUAAUGUGUAAAAUAUUUACCAUGACCCAACAAACCCCAAAAAAAAAAAUAUAUAUAUUUCACUAAUAUUGGAAAAAUUCAUAGUUCUUAAGCUGAUAUCCAACUUAGCUCUAACCUUGAACUAAAAAUUGCGAUGAGCUUGAGAAAAAGAAUUUCUUCACACAUGACAGCACUGCUUUUAAAAUAUGUUCAAAACCGCACAAGUGGCAGCAUUGGCAAAGCAUGUGCAUUCGAAAGAAUAAAUCGACGCGUAAAAAUGUACAUAAAAAGUAUCAGAGAAAUGAAAUUUUAACUAUGUAAUAUUAAGUGGAAAACCAACUAUAUUAUAACCUAUACAAAGAGAAAAAGUAAAUAAAAAUUAGUAACAAAGAGUCAAAGU